CUUCAUUAUCAUGUGGAAAGGCUCCUUUGUCAGGCUAUUCCACACUUCAAGGGUGGUGAGGGCCCCAUCACACCCAUUGUCCAAGAUUAGAAACAUUGGUAUCAUUGCCCAUAUUGAUGCUGGGAAAACUACAACAACUGAAAGAAUGCUAUAUUAUAGUGGUAUCACAUCUCGUAUAGGGAAUGUCGACCAAGGUGAUACCGUUACUGAUUUCUUACCUGCUGAACGUGAAAGAGGUAUCACAAUUCAAAGUGCAGCAAUCACUAUACCCUGGAAUAAACACAAGAUUAAUCUUAUUGAUACUCCAGGUCAUGCUGAUUUUGGGUUCGAAGUUAUUAGAUCUUUAAAAGUUUUGGAUGGUGCAGUGACUAUAUUGGAUGGUGUUGCUGGUGUUGAAGCUCAAACAGAAAAAGUUUGGAAACAGAGUAAAACUAUUCCAAAAAUGUUCUUCAUCAACAAGAUGGAUAGAGAAGGUGCAGGUUUUAGUAGAACAGUUAAGGAAAUAAUAGCUAAAUUGGGGACUAGGGUCUUACUAUUAAAUGUUCCAUAUUUUGUUGAAAUGGAAAAUAGAGAGAAAAAAUUCGUUGGUGUAUUGGAUAUUAUUGAUAAAAAACUGCUUAGAUGGAUUGACCAAGAUAAUAUUAAAGUUACAGAUGUUGAAGGUGAGACUUAUGAAGAAGUUGCCCGUUGUCGUGAAUCUUUAAUUGAAACAUUAGGAGAAAUUGACGAUGCAGUGAUUGAUUCAUUUUUAGAAUGUGAAGACUACAUGAAAGUUCCAGCAGAUGUCAUCAGAAAAGCCGUGAGAAAAGCUACGCUAUCUAAUUAUGCAGUUCCCGUAUUGACUGGUGCAAGUUUCAAAAACAUUGGUGUUCAACCUUUAAUGGAUGCUGUCAAUUACUAUUUGCCAUCUCCAAUAGAGUGUCAACCAGAAGUUAGUUGUCCAGUUGUUAAGACUGAUGAAGGUUUUGUUAUGAAUCAAAACAAGUACUUAGCAGUUGCAAUGGCUUUCAAAGUGAUUACUGAUCCAAUUCGUGGUGUUAUGGUGUUUGUUCGUGUUUAUAGUGGGAAAUUGAAAAAUCAUGCAACUGUUUAUGUCAAUGGUGAAAAAUUCAAGAUUGGUAAGUUAUUAGUUAUGCAUGCUAAUGUUCCUCAAGAUGUUACAGAAAUUUCUGCUGGUAAUAUUGGUGUUAUAGUUAGUGAUAAAUUGAGAACUGGUGAUACCAUCUUAUCAAAUAUCCAAAAUAAGAAGCUUCAAAACAAAGAACUAGGUAUUGUUGUUAAUCCAAUCAUUGUUCCACCUCCUGUCUUCACCAUUUCAUUAGAACCAAGAACCUCGGGGGAUAAAAGAAGUAUGGAUGAAGCAUUAGAGAUUAUUUUGAGAGAAGAUCCAAGUUUGAAAGUCACUGUCGAUGAGGAAAAUGGUCAAACAUUGCUCGCUGGUAUGGGAGAAUUGCAUUUAGAAAUUGCAAGAGAUCGUUUAAGAGACUUGAAAGCCAAGAUUGAAAUUGGUCAAAUCAUGGUUUCUUAUAAGGAAACAGUUUUGGAGAAAUUAUCAGUUUCAAAAGAAUCUCCAGAACAUGAAUUUAAAAUUUCAAUGGCUUUGGAACCAAAACCAGAGUUAUUCGAGGAAAAUCCAAAUGUUGUUAGAGUUAAUCUAGGUGAUAAUAACGUAUUAGAAGUUCCAGUGGAGCCUGAAAAUUGGGAAAAGGUUAUGCCAUAUCAAUCGUGUAUCAAUGCAUUCAUUUCUGGUUCAAUUUCAAGUAUUCAAAGAGGCCCUAUUUUGAAACUACCAUUGAACUCUGUUCUUAUUAAAGUGACUUCAUUUGAUAUGCCACCAGAUUCUCAAAAUGUUACAUUAUGGAUCACAUUAGUGCGUCAAUGUAUUUUAGAAUUAUUACAAGACGAAACAAGAUUUGUGGGGUUGGAACCAGUGAUGAACGUAUCAGUCGAUGUUGGUGCUGAAGAUAUUGGUAGUGUUAUUCAAGAUUUAUCAUCAGCAAGACAAGGUAUUAUUAGUUCUAUUGAUGAAGGUGGUGAUAAUGUUGAAUUUGCCAAAUUUAAAGAUAUAAGUGAAUCUCAAUAUGUUCCAUAUGAUCCUACUUUAGAAUUCACUAAAACUAGAGACGGUUUCAGUGGAGAUCAGACUGUUCAUGCUGUUGUUCCAUUAAGAGAAAUGAUUGGAUAUUUACCUAAACUAAGAAGUUUAACACAAGGAAGAGCCACAUAUCAUAUGGAAUUCAAAGGGAUGAAUCCAAUCACAAGUGAUCGUUUAGUGGAGAUCAGUAGUAGCUUUUGAAAUAAAGAAAAUUGUAUAUAGAUUUUAAAAGGUAAAAGUGAUGAUGAGCUUAUGAAUCGAUUUGAAUUUUUGGUACAUGUAUGUACACUAGUGUAGGUUGCCAUGGUUACGCGCUCCUCGCCUAAAUUUAAACAAACCUUAUUUUGCACUGUAGUCUGUAGAAAUCAACGAGACCAAAUGCAUUUGAACAUUUUGACACAACGUAUGAAGAAAUGGUUCAGAUUCAAUUUCAUGAAUAUAAAUUUUAU